UUCCAUCCACGUCCUAGUUUUCUCCCAUAUGUCUCUCUUUUUCGGAAAGAAUAUUAUUCAUUUGAUCACUUGUACUUAAAUAUAAAUCAGCUAUAUAUAUAUAGAGAGAGAUCUCCCCAUGCACGUACCCAUUUGUAUAGCAAAAUGGAUGAAAGAUACUUCUGCUACUUUGGCCUUGUUUAUCUUGUUGUUUUGGCUUCUACCACCCUCGUAGGUUCUGCUUACAGCUGUGGUCCGAUAGAGGCUGACGACAAGGAUCGACUUCAGUUUGCUCUCAACUUAGAAUACUCUGAAGCAGAAUUCUUCUGCUACGGUUCACGUGGUCACGGGCUUGAUUCUAUUGAACCGGCUUUAGCCAAUGGUGGUCCUCCUCCGAUUGGAGCCCAAAAGGCCAAUCUUGAUCCUGUUACGUGUCAAAUUGUCGAAGAAUUUUGUUAUCAAGAAGUUGGACAUAUCAGAGCUAUUAUAACAACGGUUGGUGGAUUCCCAAGGCCUCUGUAUGAUCUCAGUGCUGAGAAUUUUGCAAGAGUGAUUGAUGAUGCACUGGACUGCAAAUUGGACCCUCCCUUUAAUCCUUACUUGAACACAAUCAACUAUGUCCUAGCAUCCUACGUGUUACCCUAUGUAGGACUGGUAGGAUAUGUUGGCACCAUCCCAGAACUGGCCAACUACACUACUAAAAGACUCGCUGCAUCAUUACUGGGCGUGGAGGCAGGACAAGAUGCAGUGAUAAGAACACUACUAUAUGAGAAAUCUCAUGAGAAAGUAGAGCCUUAUAAUAUGACAGUUGCGGAGUUUACUAGCAAAAUAUCAUGGCUGAGGAAUGAGCUGGCGAUGUGCGGAAUCAAAGAUGAAGGUAUAAUUGUACCCAAAGAACUUGGAGCUGAGAAGAGAACUGAAAGUAAUGUAUUAUCAGCAGACAAGAAUUCACUCUCAUAUGCCCGUACACCACCUGAGAUUUUAAGGAUAGUAUAUGGAACUGGCAAGGAAAGUGAACCUGGCGGUUUUCUGCCUGAAGGUGGAAAUGGUAGGAUUGCGAAGAGUUUUCUUCUUAAAUAUUAGGAUAAUAGUUAAUCUCUUACUAUAUACUACUCCUUAAUUUUCUGUUAUAUACAUAUAUCAUAUGCUUUAUUGGUAAUUCUUGAAUCUGAAACGAUUUGUAUCUGAGUGCAAUCAUAAUAGUAAAUUUUGAGAAUCUUUAUGUGUUUCA